AUGUUGCUCUUGAUUUCUGUCUACGCUUUGCUAGUAGCCUUGAUAUGUGCAGCAUGGAAUGAUCAGGACCGUAACAUAGGGUACUCGACCGUCACUGCUUACUUUGUUCAAGAUGAUAAUAGCACUAAUGCGACUUCAUUCGAUUUCCGGACCACAAAUUUCGGUCUCAUCAAUAGGACCUAUGAUGAUUAUUCUGACGGCGGCGGUAAAAAGACGCAAUGGCAGCUUUUUGCGAAAGAAGUCUCAAAGCUCCAGCAUAGAGCGCAGAAUCACGUACAUUACAAAGUGCUCUUCUUGGGUCGUCAUGGCGAAGGCUUCCACAAUGCAGCAGAAGCCUUCUACGGCACCCCUGCAUGGAAUUGCUACUAUUCCAUCCUGAACGGCAACGACACUGUCACAUGGGCAGACGCAGAAUUAACGCCCACAGGCAUCAAUCAAGCUUUGGCCAAUAACAAAUUCUGGGCUUCAGAGAUCGAGACCCAGAAGAUCCCAAAUCCAAACAGCUUCUACACCAGCCCAUUGACACGCUGCCUUGCUACUGCCAACUUGACCUUCAGCGGUCUGAAGCUUAAGCAUCCAUUCAUACCGACUGUUAAGGAACUCUUACGUGAAGGCAUCAGCGGCCAUACUUGCGACCGGAGAGGUAGCAAAUCGUAUAUUCACGCCAAUUUCCCGACGUACGAAUUUGAAGAAGGCUUCGCAGAGACCGACCAAUUAUGGGAGGCUUUGCAUGGUGAGACUUCGGUAGACCAGACAAUAAGAUCAAAGACAAUUCUCGACGAUAUCUUCACGCAUGAUAAGAGCACUUACAUCUCCAUCACCAGCCAUUCUGGGGAGAUCGCAUCCAUCUUAGGAGGUCAGUAUCUUUGCCCAAUGCUCGAAGUCCACUAA